GGCGGAGGGGCAGCGAGAGCGCCAUUUCUCGAGCGCAGGGCCCGGCGUGGCGGUGCCUUGACCCUGCUGUGGGGCGUGUCUUGGGACCCCUUCUCAAGAGGUUUUUUUGGACUGUGACUCGGGUGUUUCCUCCCCACUGUGAGGGGUUUCCCCCUCGCCCGCCGAUCCAUGGCUGCGCUGAGGAGACGGCUUUUCUUGUGUCGCUGUGAGGGGCUCUCGUUUUGGCGGGAAGAACAAUCUGACGGACAUCCUUUCUCUCUUUUUUUUAUUUAAACGCGCCCUGCCAUCACUUUCGCGGCCGGUCUGCUCGUGCGGAGAAGGGCGAGGACAUUUUUCUGGGCCGGGGGGCAGCUCGCUAGGAGCCGCUGCCGCUCAUUGUUCGCCCUCUCUGCGCUCUGCUUUCUCUGGGCUGCCACAAAAUGGCGCUGCUGCCUCUUUCCCCCUCCCUUCCCCCCGCGGUGAGCAGAGAACCACAACAACCAACGGCCGCUUCCCAACCGCCGCCCCGCCCCCACGUGACAGGGCGGCCAAUCGGGAGGCAACGAAUGGCAGAGCCGUCCAAUGCGCGAGCCGGCUGUCGGGGAUGGCGGAGCAGGGAGGCACAACAGGAGGCGGAAAGGGGGACGGUGAUGGAUAGCGAAGCCGGCCAAUGGGCGGCCGGCAUCUGCCUCUCCUCCGCCCAGAGGGCUCUCCCGAGCCGGCGAAGGGGCGUGGCUUGGCGGGAUGGUGAUGUCAGCUGCUCUGCGGGCCAAUGGGAGCGCGGGGAGCGUCUCUAUAAGGGCGGUCGGGGGCAGGCCGAGAGGCGCCAUUUCGCUGGAGCGGAGGAAGGAUCCUGGCCUGGGAGCGGAAGAGAGUGCCGGGCAGGGGUGGGCGGACGCAAUCCAGAUCCAUCCUCGCCGGGCGGCCCCCCAAUCGCCGGUCAUCGCUAUAGGCGCCAGCUCGGCGGACCCUCCUCCCGGCUUCCGUAGCGUCCUCUUCUCCCCCCACAACAUCCGCCCCCACCUACGCGGAGGAGAGCAAAGGUGGAGUGCGACCAGUAAUCCCAGUACAAUCCAGUGCCAUCCGCGCCUCGAACCGCGACGACUCGCCGGGGGAGCGGCGGCUCCGGACGCGGCGGCCUCCGCGGAGCCGGACGCACCCUAUAUUGCCAUCGCCCCUGCGAAGUGAGAGCCCGGCGGGGGGCUUGCCAGAGGGACCCCCGUCCGCCCCGCCUCAGGGUCCUGCAGCUACAAAGGCCGCCAUUUUCCUAGCUUUUGCGCCUAAUUGUUGGUUGCGGAGGGGCUAGCGGGCCCCCUCCCCGAUGGGGGCCCUGCAGUAGCCGAGUUCUCCUGGCCCGCUCCACGAGUGCAAGCAGCGCCUUCCCGAGCCCGCCGCUUGCCUGCCUCCGUCCCCGGUUCCCGCGGGGGGAGGCGCCGCGGCGAUGCGCCCCUGAGCGAGGCGCCGAGGGCGUUUUCUUCCCCCCGUGAGGCCGAAACCGCCGAGCAAAGUGGGGGGGUUCCCCGAGGCCACGGAGGCGCCGGCGGCUGGAGCGGGACCGUCCCGGGAGAGAGCCGGGCCCCCGGGAGGAGCUGCUGCCUCUGGCCCUGGAGCUGUUCCUGCAGGCAUGUUGCAGAACGUGAACCCCAACGGCAAGAUCCUUGGGGACCCGGGCAAUGCAGGUCUGGUGGGUCUGGCAGUCGAGUCUGCGCCAGGGAAGCGGAUCCGCAAGCCAUCGCUUCUGUACGAGGGCUUCGAGAGCCCCACCAUGGCAUCUGUCCCAGCCCUUCAGCUUGCCCAAGCCAACCCACCCCCUCCGGAGGUCACAAACCCCAAGAAGCCGGGCAGAGUCACCAACCAGCUGCAGUACCUCCACAAAGUGGUGAUGAAGGCCCUCUGGAAGCACCAGUUCGCCUGGCCCUUCCGCCAGCCUGUGGAUGCCGUCAAGCUGGGUCUUCCGGACUAUCACAAAAUCAUCAAGCAGCCAAUGGACAUGGGCACCAUCAAGCGGCGGCUGGAAAACAACUACUACUGGAGCUCAGCCGAGUGCAUGCAGGACUUCAACACCAUGUUCACCAAUUGCUACAUCUACAACAAGCCCACAGAUGACAUUGUGCUGAUGGCCCAAACGCUGGAGAAGAUCUUCUUGCAGAAGGUGGCCCAGAUGCCUCAGGAGGAGCAGGAGAUUGUGAUCACCGUGGCCAAGAACAGUCACAAGAAGGGGGCGUCUCGGGCUGCAGCACUCCUGGCAGCAGCCAACGCAGCUGCUCAGCAAGUGCCGGCCAUCUCUUCCGUGUCCCACGCCCAGCUCUACCCGACAGACAUCCCCACCACCAUCAUCAACAUCCCUCACCCGUCAGUCAUCUCUACACCUCUCCUCAAGCCGCUACACUCCACUGCUACCUCCCAGCCAGUGCUGGCGGUGCCUGCCCCAACGCAGCCGGUGGCCAAGCAGAAGAAAGGAGUGAAGCGGAAAGCGGACACGACCACCCCGACCCCCACAGCCAUCAUCGCCACCAGUGGCGGAGAGUCCUCUCCCUCAGCAGCCGUGCCGGAGACCAAGGCAGCCAAGAUCCCUGCCCGGCGGGAGAGCGGGCGCCCCAUCAAGCCCCCCCGCAAAGACCUGCCUGACUCUCAGCAGCACCAGACCUCCAAGAGGGGCAAGCUCUCAGAGCAGCUCAAGUACUGCAAUGGCAUCCUCAAGGAGCUCGUCUCCAAGAAGCACGCUGCCUACGCCUGGCCCUUCUACAAGCCGGUCGAUGCCUCCGCCUUGGGCCUCCACGACUACCAUGAGAUCAUCAAGCAUCCCAUGGACCUCAGCACCAUCAAGCGCAAGAUGGAGAACCGCGAGUACCGUGACGCCCAGGAGUUUGCUUCUGAUGUGCGGCUGAUGUUCUCCAAUUGCUACAAGUACAACCCCCCUGACCAUGACGUGGUGGCCAUGGCUCGGAAACUGCAGGAUGUCUUCGAGUUCAGCUAUGCCAAGAUGCCAGAUGAACCCAUAGACAUCAACCCCCCCUCCACGUCACUCCCACAGCCGGGCCUCCUGAUGAAGUCCUCUUCGGACGAUUCCUCCAGCGACGAUGACGAUGAUGACGACGACGACGAAGAGGAGGAGGAGGAGGGGGAUGACGACGAGAGCAGCAGCGAGAGUUCGUCGGACAGCGAGGAGAGUUCGGACUCAGAGGAGGAGCGGGCCAACCGGCUGGCUGAGCUCCAGGAACAGCUGCGGGCAGUGCACGAACAGCUUGCGGCCCUCUCUCAAGGCCCGGUCUCCAAGCCCAAGAAGAAACGGGACAAGAAGGACAAGAAGAAGAAGAAGAAGCUGGAGAAGCGCAAAGGGAAAGCGGGAGGUGAGGAGGAGGCUGCCCGGCCCCACCAGGCCCAGCUCAAGAAGCCAAAGAAGGCAACUGGCGGUGGCAGUGGAGGUGGCAGCAGUGGUGGCAAGAACUCGAAGAAGGCCAGCGCCAAGGCCCUCCCUCCGCCGGCCCCUGUGCUCUAUGAUUCAGAGGAGGAGGAGGAGAGCAAGCCCAUGACAUACGACGAGAAGCGCCAGCUGAGCCUGGACAUCAACAAGCUGCCGGGGGAGAAGCUGGGCCGGGUCGUGCAUAUCAUCCAGUCGCGGGAGCCCUCCCUCCGCGACUCCAACCCCGAGGAGAUUGAGAUCGACUUCGAGACCCUUAAGCCCUCCACGUUGCGGGAGCUGGAGCGCUACGUCCUGUCCUGCCUGCGGAAGAAGCCUCGCAAGCCCUACAGCGAGACCCUGAAGAAGCCAGUGGGCAAGACGAAGGAAGAGCUGGCCUUGGAGAAGAAGCGGGAGCUGGAGAAGCGCCUGCAGGACGUCAGCGGGCAGCUGAAUUCUGCUAAGAAGCCCCCCAAGAAAACCAAUGAGAAGCCGGAGUCCGCACAGCAAGUGGCCGUCUCCCGCCUGAGCGCCAGCAGCUCCAGCUCCGACUCCAGCAGUUCCAGCUCCUCCUCCUCCUCCUCGGACACAAGUGACUCUGACUCCAGCUAGGCAGGCUGGUGGAGGUGGCAGCGGCAGCAUCAGCCGCCAGGUGGUGGCUGGCCGGCGGUGGCAGCCUGUCCGGAAGAGGUUCUGCAGGACCAGAACUGGCAAGAGAACGGCGCAGGCAGAUGAGCGGGCUCCCCUCCACCACCCCCCUCUCCAGCUGAGCGCCCGGGGUGGAAGGGCUGCGGCCGGCUGGCUGGCGGCUUCCCUGUCCCCCCCCCCACCUUGGGGCCAUGGGGCGAGAGCUGGCCCUGCUGUGUUUGCGCUGUGGCAUGGGGCACCCCGACUGUACAGUUGGCUCCAGCAAGUGGGGGGGCAGUGUUUUCCUGUUUUGGUUGAAUCUUAGGAAACAAACUUGUGGUUUUUAUAAAAAGCAUUUAGCAAGUUUUGGUUUUGUGAUGCUCCGUUUCUGGAUGGGCAGGUUGAGGGUGAGGAACUGCGCUGGGGUGCUUGUGUCCCACCAGCUUGGACUUGGAGCCCUGAGGGGGAGAGAGAGAAGACUCUUGUGGGGAGACGUUCCUCCUCUGACACCCCCUGGCACUCGAGAGGUUCUUUUAUUUAUUUUUCUUUGUUUCCUGUCGGUGGCUUUCCCUGGGAUCUGGAGUGAGUGCAACCACGUUUACAUACCUGGGCAAAAUCGAGACAGCAUGUUCUUCGCCCCUCAAGGGAGGCUGGUUGAGGGGAGAGGGCAGCCCGCUUGAGGGUUUUUUUUUUUAUGUUGACUGUAUAUUUUUUUUCUACUGUUCCUUUUAUUCCCCUUGCCCAUGUCCACCUUCCAGGGCUCUGUUUCAUCUUAUUGUAUGUUAAGCCUUCUGGUUCUUUAAACAUGUAAAUAAAAAAAAAUAUUAUACA